ACCGGCGAAAUCAGUAUUGCCAAGCGCCUACUAAAUCUAUUGCAAUGGGACCAACUUUUUGACUUUAUGGAGAUCUAUCCGGGAUCGAAACUCAAACAUUUUGAAAGCUUGAUCACCCUUGACUUUAUUCCACCCACUAUCUACCUCGGUAUCAUCAUUAUUGUGCAGCGUAAUACGGUGAAGGGAACUUCACUGAUAGCUGCCAAGCUCAUAUUGCAUACAACGUUUCACAGACUCACCGGAGUCCCGUAUAAUGAGAUGAUGUUCUUCGAUGAUGAAGAUCGAAAUGUAAAUGAGAUCCGUCGUUUGGGUGUGCACGCUCACCUGGUGUAUCGUGGUGUCUCGUUGAGUGUGUUUGAAUCCGCUCUGAAACAGUUUGAAGCAAACCGCAGCUGA